AUGUUCGUUGGAAAAACCGCCAUUUGUCAUUUUUAUUCUUUUGCAUUUAUUUUUUUUUUUUACGAUCCGGAAGGUUUCGGUGAAAUACCCUGGGAUGAUUUUUUACAAGUGUUAAAAAGUCCGGAUUUUAUAACCGAAGUAGAUGCAAACAAAAGAGAAAUAUUACAAGAAAAAGCUCAGGAAAGGAAAACAUCCGCCAUAACGUUUCAAGAUUUCGUCAAUGUGGAAAUAAGAUUAUAA